GCAUCGUGCAGACGUGUUGAAGUAAUGUAAAUGCCCUCCUAUUAAACGCGAUAGUUCACUUUUUGCUAAUUUCUUGUUGUGCUCUAUGAGUAAAAAAUGUUAUCUCGGUCGCUGAUUGCAGUGUGCAUUCUGUUGUGUGAUGUUGGAUUUGUGAGAACUGCUCGAGUUGGUUAUGCGCAAAGAAUCUCAGAUGAGUUUGGUAACUAUUUAGAUUCAGAGGAGGACGGUUAUUCAGGUGAAGUAAAGCGUUUAUUUGGGGACACUUUUUACAAAGAUGUUAACGGUAUAAAUAAAGCAAAACUAAAAAUGGAUAAAUUUAGCAGCGAAAACUGGGACAAAAAAUACGCAAUUGCUAUCAUAAACUUAUACACACAAGGGGGAAAUUUCUAUCGCACUCUGAACGAACAAAUGAGAAAUAACUAUCCAGUAGACACGCAUUAUUGGAGAAAAGCCGGCGACUUGAUUAACAGAGGCCUCGACAUUCUUGGACAAAAAGUUUAUGACAAAGUAUAUAGGGGAUGCCCUAAUGCUACACGUCCAAUUGCGGGAAAGGAAUAUCGUUUUAAUCAGGUUACAAGUACCAGUCUUGAUAAAACUAUAGCCGAAAAUUUUGUCAAAUGUGGAUUUCUGUUUACGAUAGAAGACGUGUACGGAGUGAAUGUUGAAAACUACUCGGCUUUGCCUCAUGAGCGUGAAAAGAUUAUUAAAUCUACAAAUGUAUUUCUGAUAAAGAAAGGUCCAGUGAAGGAAAGUAUAUUUUAUGAUGUUUACUACCUGGACGGGCAAUCAAGUGUUCACUGCAACAUCAGAAAGAAACGAGAUGUUAAUGGAGAUAACAAUGCUUGCGUAAGUGGCGCCCACAAAACAGGUACAGAAACCGUAUCUAUCUGGACUGUCGUGGUGGUGUUGGUUCUGUUGUUUUGAUAAAGUAAUGAACAGACAUAAUCAAUGAACGCAAAGUACAGAUUUUGUAUCAUAUUCUUUAAGCUAUUUGUUCCAUGUCAUAGUCGACACAGUAUUGAACAUCACUUAGUAAGUUUGUAAUAUGAUUAACUGAAUCUUGUUUUUUAUUUUUAUCUGUUUUUGCUAUAAUCCACAUGUUCAUGUACUUUUAGAGGUUCUGUUUUAGUUAAGUCCUAUUUUAUUACCAUACAUAACAUUACAACAUUAAAGUUAUAAAUUAACACGAAAUGAUAAAAUUAAGCAAAAGGUGUUGGAAAAUCAAAGUUUUCUUCAAUAAAAAGAAAAUGUAUUUUAUAUAAAAACAGCUUUUGCUGAAUACAGAUUUCUAAGGAGUGUUAGUAUUUAUAUAUAUAUAUUGAAUUGUUUAAUUAGAGUAUAAAAAUGUGGCAGAAUGCCACUUUAAACAACUAUGAACUAUCUAGAAGAGAUUGUUAUGAAUAAGUCUUACAUAAUUAAUUUGAAAUAGCUUGUAGUAUGUUGCCGUUUGUAAAAUGAUAUUUCUGAACUUGAUAAAAAAUCUGAAAAUAUACCUUACUGCUGGUGCAAAUAUAACUUAAUCCAGCCGUUAAUGUGAAACUAUAUUUGUCGAAUUUCUAGACUGAUAUAUUUCGAAAAUACAUUUUUUUUUAUAAACUUUAAACGAUUAUCGAACAUUUUAACUAUUUUUCGUAAUGCUUUAUUUGCUUUUAUGCACACACACAAAAACACCAAACCUGAUUCAAACAUGUAUCACAUAUAGUUUUGAGAGAUAGCUUAAAAUAAAACAGGACAAAUAUGUCAUAAAGUUACUGUUUAAUAAGAUCAAUACGUUAAUGAAAAUUAUUGACUUACCGCUAGUAUAGAUAGAUAAAUGACUCGUACUUGCAAAGACAAAUACCAAACAAAAUUUUAUUGUUUUACAAUCAGAUUGAUAAUCGAGUUUUACAUGCGAUUUUAUGAAGUACAAGCACAGUUGUAGAUAUAAGCCUUAUACCUUUUCAAAUACAGUAAAAUGACACUCAUGUAUUGUUUAUCUUUGACAUUUAUUCAAUAUGAAUAUGACGUUUCAGUUUAAGUAUGGAAAUGUAUUCUUUUAUACAUCAACGCAGUUGUAGUUUGUAUAUGUGUGUACAUGUAUUUAAUUGUAGGGCAUAAGUCUCGUCACUUCGUUACAGGCAACGCAGAGAAAAAAACAACAAUAAUGUUUUAAACUGAAAAGGAAGAAAGUCUUGCAGGCGAAUGUUUCUAUUUGAUUUGCUUAAGAAAAUUUUUGGAAGAUAGGAACUGCAUAUGUCAUAUAGAAAUACAAACAAGUAUUUGGCACAAAACCACACCUAUUACUGUUUCAAAGAAUUGCAAGUAUUUAUUCAUAGCCUCCUCGUUUAUACAUUUGUCCGUAUUGUACAUUGAUCCGUCUUUGUGUCAAAGUGUUGAACAUUGAUCCGUCUUUGUGUCAAAGUUAGUUUGACCUAUACUUUUGAUUAUAUUACCACCACCAUUUAUUAUGUUGGAAUCCACACGAGCAAUAACCCAACAUUGUUUUAACGAAAGAUUUUAAUUCGUUUCAACGAAGUGUUAUUUCAUUAAAAUAAAAAUCUAGAUCUGUUAUGACAAAAUUUUAGUGAAUUAUGCAUUCUUUGUUCGUUAAAAAGAAAUCUUUUUUUUGUAUUAAAUCAGGUUAUUCAAUUUAUCAAAUGAAAAAAAAUCUUUUCUUUUCACCACGUAUUAGUAGUUCUCUACCAAAUUUGUUCAAGCUGGGUCUUUCGGACAAAAUUUUGAGUCUUUAUUAUAAAGUUACGAACUUAAAUAAAUCCUCUUGGGGUAAGACAAAAUACACAUAAGCAUAUAUUGGUAGUACCCGAAAAUUUUUAUUCAAGCUUGGACCUCCUAAAAGCUCCCGGAAGUUGUAUUAAGUUAGCUCGAUAGUUUUUCUGUCUGAAAUACAUCGUGUCUCAGCUAUACGACUCACCAUACAAAUUUUAAGCAUAAUGGUAAGUGUCACGCGCAGGUGUCAGGCCUAUACCUCUAGCGUCAAUUUCAAAGGCAUUUUGAUUUAAUCUUAGUGAGUCAGCAAUUAAUUGGCGUCCAAUGAAACCUUUCGCAAAUAUUAUGCUUGAUGAGAGAUAUGUCGCGCACACGAGUCAGGUCAGAGGUCUAUGUCACAGGAAAAUGAUAUCUGAAAAUUAUAUUUUGUUUAAUAGCACUUUUUUUUUAUUUUAGUCCAAACAAAAAUCCGCCAUUUAGUUUAAUCUAAUAUAAAUUUGACACAAUGGGACGGACCGAUUUCUAAUGUUGGUAAUGUUGUUGUGGUUUAACCCUUUUGUAUUAUCACACCAUUGCAAAGUUACCGAAUGUAUUUUUAUGUAUGUACUGUAGUAUGUACUGUUGAUUUGCUGUUGUAUAUAUAUGCAUCUAAAUAUUAAUGUCUUAAUGUAUAUUAUCUAUAUAUGUCUUGUGUGAUAUUAACAAUAAUUUAUGAUUACUCAAGGCAAAUGGUAGUUUGGUUUGGGGAUGGUGGGGGAGGGGGAACAAACUCUUUAAAAUUCUACUUGAGGACUUCCGAUGAGUUAGCUCCGUUAGAUUAUCAAUUCUUAAAGCAAAAUAUGUCACUCGUAACUGAAGAAAGUUCGUUUGUAAUAAAUUUUUAGCCGCCACCGGUAACCUAUAUGGGCGAUUCCUGAAGACUGUUAGUAACAUUUCUGUUGAAGGACAGCGCAAUAUACAACAGAAGCUCCGAUUCCAGAAGCAUUCCUGGUUCUUGAGCAUGUCUGUUGUAUUUUGGCACCCACGAACGGGACUCUUACCAAAUGUUAAUCACAUAAAUUGUGGAACGGGUUGUCGAACUCUCGACCUUUAAAAUGGUAUUUUGUGUCGAAAGACGUAGUGACGUAUCGUUAUUUCAAAAUAUUGACAUAAUAGUCAUUACUAUAUAAAAUAUAUCGAUGAGUAUCAAGUUAGAUAAUUUCAUUUAGAAGGCCAUAAAUUGAUUUAGAUACCUAUUUUUUUCUCAGUGCAAAAAAUAAAGGCAAGAGUUUAGAUGCGUAAUAAUUAAAUCAGGGGUACGAAGCACGAGGGUUUUAAUUAUUGUCAUCCGAAAACACUGCCAGUAUAUCAUUUAUUGAUGAAAUAUAGGUAAUCGUUUAAGGUUUAGCAGUAUAUCAUAAAAUAACAGAUUUUUUUUAGAAAACGAACAGCACCUUGACACACAACUUAUCUGUCCAAUACAUGCUUUACCGUAUCGGAACCAUGUACAUUAUGGUUGUCGUAGGGUGGACAGGGACGGGUAGCAACAAUGCCAAAGUAAAGAUGAAUGAAUACUAUUCAUAGGACAGUGUUGUAUAAGACAAACUCACAUAAGUUAGAGGUAAUGAUCUGUACAGAACCAUAUAGUUUGAAACAUUGAUUAAAAUUUAACUCAUUCCAUAAAUUUCAAAUCAUUUACACAAUCAUUUAUCCCUAUUCGUAAGCUAUAUAGUUUGUGGAAAUUAUAUUAUCAUGUCUAAUUUAUAAGGCCCAAAAUAACCAUUUGAAAAUAUAUACAUUCAGUAUAGUCAUUCAAAGAUCUUCCAUAGGGAAGUAGAUAUAAUAAUUCAUUAAAAAUCACUCUUUAUUGAAUUUUCGGCCACCUGGCCUUUAUCAAAACAUGAAAAGUCAUUGAUACAGCUAUGUA